CACUUGGUAGCAGUGCACGGUGGGAGCGUGGAGUAUUACACCCCACAACCCCUACCAUCUUUCCAGGCUGAAACCUUUCGAAGAAGCACUGCCGGCUGGGCUUCUAACAAACAUCACACGGGGAUUCCAACUAGCCCCGAUUUCUCGUCGAGUCAUCGUUGAUCAUUUCAAGCUUGCAUCUUCCGUGUGUUCGCCUUACGAUCCGCCGAGGACACCCGAUCUAUUGGUCAGAUGCCUCUUGGAUCCAUUUUCGUCGUCCCAAAGUGCCCCUACGACGCAUACAACCAUGUGGAUCGUCUCUUCUUUUUAGUAUAGCUCCCAGCCUUUUCGACUUCAUCUCUGGUUUCUGACUCUGCAUCACCCUUGCCCAUUAUCGUACUCAUCAACAUGACCUUCGAAGACGCCCCAUUUGACUUGGAUCUCGACGACGCUUCCGAUCUGAGUUCCCUGGGCGUAUGGGAUCUUGACUCACUCGGCGACACCAAUACAACCACUGAUACACCCGUCAGUCGACGUAGCCAUAGCAGUAGUCAUGGCUCAAAUAGUGGCACUCGACCAAAGACCCGAACCCUGGCCCCAAAUCUAACAAGACGGUCACAUAAGAAGUCUCGUGGAGGCUGCUUCAGUUGCAAAACCCGUAAAAUCAAAUGCGGCGAGCAGAAACCUGCUUGCUCAAGCUGUCUUAUCAAAUCCAUCACCUGUGUCUACCCCUCGACCGAACCACCAACGCGCAAAUCAAAUCCACCAUUAAUUCGACGCAGCCCUCAGCAUUCGCCAGCACUCCCAGGUGGCUCUGGUUUCUCGCUUCUCGAUAUGCGAUUCUUCCAUCAUUUCCUUACUAUCGCAUACCCCCAUCUCCCCGUCGAUAAUGAUCACGUCUGGGUUAAUGAGAUCCCCCAGUUUGCUGAACGACACGAAUAUUUGAUGCAUGCCCUUCUUUCAUUAGGCGCCUCUCACUUGUCCAGGUUGACAGGAGUCGACUAUCGACGAGAGUCUCUAACACACCGAGGACAGGCCAUCGCCGGGCUCAACCAGGCUUUAUCUCAAACCCAACGCAACUAUGGCGAGAGCGAUGCCAUGCUGGCUUCUUGCUACGCUUUGACCUUCCAAGCCUCAUACAUGGGUGAUGGUCUCGCCGACUUCAUCACUAUGGUUCGAGGAUGUGCAUUGACUACCGACAAAAUUCGCCAGGAUCACUCACCCACAGCAUUCAACCUGCAACCCGACUGGCACUUUAAAUACAUGGCGCCACGGCUCGCCAAUCUCCCAUCGGUUGAUCCCAUCCACCUGGAAGAAGCCUACAUUGCGCUAGAAAACCUACGUCCUUACGUCUCAGGCGACACCGAGAUCGACUUCCACGACGCUCUCAUCGAUUCCGUCGCCUCACUCCAAGCAUCACCUGCCUCAGGAUACCUACAAUUUGUUGGCGUUUACGCCGUCUGGUAUGAAUUAUGUCACGAUGACUUCAAGACAUUUCUCGACCCCAACAACAUGAUGGCACAACUCCUCCUUGCAUAUUUCGUCGGCGUACAACUCCUCAUGGUUCCCUUGGCCGCAUGCGAAUGGCAGACUCGUGCCGAUGUCUCGCGUGUGCGAGUCUUGUUUGGAACUAUCGAAUGGGCAGAGGGGAUUUUUGCCCGGCUUGAGGCAAGUGCAAAUGAAGAGUUGAAAGAGCAUCUGGCGUGGCCUAAAAGUAUCGUUCGAGCGGCCAUCGCCGAGAUCAAUGGUGAGAUGUUGUCCUUGCCGUCGGUGCUCCAGCUGCAUCUGGCACAUCCGGAGAUUGCACCACAGACAACAAUGCUGGCUGCGGUGGGGUAGGAGAUCACAAGAGGAGUGAGAGUGAGGGUGAUUUUUAUGGUGAGUGGUGGACCAUGAAUGAUAUCGGCGAUUGCGAAUAUACCAGAAGUAUACCCGGACAAAAUUGGAGUGAGUUGUCAAAAAAUGGUGAAAAGGUGCCGGUUGUUUGGUUUUGGUUGCGGGAGUUUGUAUGUGCAAUUUCUUCUGGUUGCGGUUGAUGGAAUUUGUUUUCGGUCGGGUUUAUUACGAAGAGAAGGAAAAGCCUCACCAGCUACCUACAGUCUCCCCUCUCCUUGUUCUCAACUGAAGACUGCAGUUUGACCAGCGUCUUUGACAAAGAAGAUGGCUCAGUCAACUCAUGUUGGGUUGAUAGAAUAAGUGCCUAUAGUUACGAAUUGAAUGAUGUGAUGACACUGGG